GGAAGACCCGCCUGCUAAUCUCUCUCUCUCUCUCUCAAACGACAAAGCUCCGGCAUUUAUCAAAUCUCCGGCCACAUAUUCUUUAACUUUCAGGUUUCCUUCCCUCAUCUUCAACAGAUUACCAUUAUGUGAAUUGUAAACUGUAUGAGGAUACAUUACCAGGAAAAGGCAAGAUUUCAGUUUCUUGAUGGCUACUUUGGGAAAUACAGCAAACAUAUUCUGGCACCAGUGUGCAGUUGGGAAGCCAGAAAGGGAAAAAUUACUUAAUCAACAGGGAUGCAUUGUAUGGAUCACUGGCCUCAGCGGUUCAGGUAAAAGCACGCUUGCGUGCUCUCUUGGUAGGGAAUUACACUCAAGGGGUAAGCUUUCUUAUGUUCUUGAUGGUGACAAUCUUCGUCAUGGUCUCAAUAAGAAUCUCGGGUUCUCUCCAGAAGACCGGACUGAGAAUAUCCGCCGGGUUGGGGAAGUUGCAAAGCUAUUUGCGGAUGCUGGUUUGAUUUGCAUUGCCAGUUUGAUAUCUCCUUACAGAAAGGACCGUGAUGCAUGCCGCACCAUGCUGCCAAAUUCAUUCAUUGAGGUUUUUAUGAAUAUGCCUCUAGAAUUGUGUGAAGGAAGAGACCCAAAGGGGCUCUACAAGCUUGCCCGCGCCGGGAAAAUCAAAGGUUUUACUGGAAUAGAUGAUCCUUACGAGGCACCGUCAAACUGUGAGAUUGAAAUAAGUCAAAAGGAUGGAUCAUGCCCUACACCAAAGGAGAUGGCUGUUCAAGUGACCUCUUAUUUAGAGGGCAGAGGCUUCCUGCAGGGUCUAUGAUCUCAAAUGAGGAAAAGGAAAUCUGCCAUUAAUCAAGAACAUGAGUUUUUUUUUUUGUGCUCUUCCUAUUCCAAGUUGUAGUGCAGUUAUGCUCUCAUGAUCUGUUUCUCGCAGGAUUUAACCGUUUUAUGUAAGGUUUAUAGGGUAAAAACUUGUUCCAUUUUCAUGUUUUUAUAACAAAGUUUAUAAUGUUUUCGUGUCAAAUUCGUUGUAACAGUUUAACUUUACAGAGUUUUUGAAAAAUAUUUAAAAGUAAAGUGUGGGUGAUUGA